AUGACUACACAACCCAGCAGCUGCACCACCAUCACCCUCACAACCCAGCCCCGAUCCCCAAAACCCACAAACCAACAACAACGUCGAACCUUUCUUUCCUCCUUUCUCCCGGGGAGCGGCUCCAAUGGCUCCGACAACGAUUCCUCCUCCCGCACCCGCCGCCUAACCGCCACCCGCGCACUCCCCUACUCCCCCGCUCCUCUCUUCGAAGUCAUCUCCGACGUCCAAUCCUACUCCUCUUUCCUUCCCUUCCUCACCGCUAGCACCGUGACCCACCGCGACCCGGCGACACGGUACCCGACGCGCGCCUUCCUGACGGUGGGCUACGGCCCGCUCAGCGAGACCUUCACCUCGAAGGUGGAUUGCGACCCCCAGCGGCUGACGGUCACGGCACAGAGUGGGGCGCGCUUUGGCGUGGCGAAGAAGGAUGGGCAGGAUGUGAGUCCCAGUGGAGGUGGGUUUGGGUUCCCCGGGGCGGAGGAAGGCAUCUUCGAGUAUUUGAGUACCAAGUGGGAACUGGCGGAUGUCACUGCGGAGAUGGGUGGGGGGAAGAGCAUGACCCGGGUGCAUUUGGAGAUUGGGUUCGAGUUCAAGAAUCAGUGGCAUGCGACCAUGAUGAGUGCGGUUGAGGGCCAGAUGGCUGGGGUCAUGAUCGAGGCGUUUGAGAAGAGGAUGGGGGAGGUAGUUGGGCGGUGA